UCUGUUCUUCUAGAUCCUCUUAACAUCUUAACAAUUAGUUCUCCCCGAUCAUUAGAAGACAGUGGAUUAAUCCUUGACCCCUAAACUUGACUCAAACAUUUUUUUCUGGAGUGAAUAAAAAACCCACAAGCCCAUCGAUUUCUCUUAAUAAAAAAAAUCCAAUCGAUCACUCGGGGAAUCAGUCCAAUUUUUUUUGAUCCAUGACAAUCGUUUGCUUUGGAAUUUGAUUUAAAACCGGAUAAUUAUAUUGUAAAUGUGAAAAUGCCGAGAAAGAGGAGAGUGUCGGUGACAUCUUUGGAUGAGGAUGAUUAUCCUGACGAGAAAUAUAGCAAAGACGAGAUCGAAGGAAGAGCUCCAAGGAAUGCAGCUAAUGCCAGGGAACGUGCCAGAAUGAGAGUCUUGAGCAAAGCAUUUUGUCGCCUGAAAACUACUCUUCCCUGGGUUCCAGCUGAUACAAAACUCAGUAAAUUGGAUACUCUACGUCUUGCUGCAACAUACAUUGCACAUCUCCGUGCUGUUCUGAGGGAUGAUAACGACUCACUUCCGGAUUCCACCAGGUCUUUAUCUCUAGCUUUGUCCUGGCCCUUUGCAAUUCAAUCAUCAACUCCGGUAUUCAUAAACAACAGCUGUGCAGUGUCAUCAACAUCUCAACUGAAUAAUCAGUAUAAUCGUGGACAAGUGGAGAAUUCCCAUGAACUUCAGAGUUAUCAUUCUGGUCAUCAAAGUAUUUCAAACCGCCAUGACCAGAUGUAUUAUUGACUUUCCCGAUAGAAAAACAGAGAAUAUUUCAACUUUCAAAACUCAUAGAUUUUCAUUGAAAAUCUAACUCUCUCAUUUAACUUACUGAUUCAUCCAAAAAAUGUAAUCGAGUAAUUAAGAACGUGAGAAAACCGCCAAAGAUAUAUUCAUUAAUGUGGAAACAAAAAUUCACAGAUAAGCCUUGAAAUAUUUUUAUUUAUAUGACUUUUUAUAAUUUUCACUAUUCAAUGUUUAAGUCAGAUUAUUUCAUUUAUUCUUCGAAGAAGAAUCUAUGGCUGAAAUAUUUGUAUGCGAUCAUGGAGCCGAUUUAUUUAUUCAAAAAAACCUAAGAUUACUAGUCGAAAAUUUGUUUCUCUAAGAAUAAAUUGAAAAUUAAACUUAAGAACAUCGACAUCCGGUGAUGAGACGGAAGUGCGGAAGGAUCAACGGGUCUCGGUUAAAUAAACAGCUUUAAGAACUUUGUAUAAGUUUCCGUAAGUUAAAACAAUAUAUCCGAUUCCCUUACGACAUCGACAACAUGUUUUUGAGGUCUCGUGGGUCAACAAACCGCCCACCCUAUUUUUUUCCCUAUCAUUUAAUAUUUUAGAACUAUUAUAAUGUCAGUUAAUUCUCAUAAUUCCCGAUUUUGUGAGUAAUGCCAAAAAUUAAAUGUAUCUAUGAAUAACAAAUGCAACUGGAAAAUAAAGAUGAAUGACUUUUUAAGAAAGUAAAAUUUAUUGAGCGGUUGAAUCUUCGAGGAAAUCCCUAAGCCUCAGUGAUCCUGUAAUGUGAUCCUCUACAAAUUUUCCCUGCCUCUGCUCGUCCCCUAGAAUUAUGAAAUCUAUUCCAUGAAGUAUUCAGUCCGUAAUUUAUUACGUAAGUUAUUACUCAUUAAGAAUUACUAUUAAGGAUAGAAUAGCAUUUUUUACCGUUGCCCCGUGCACCUGGAGAUGAUUAAAAAAUAAUAAUUUCCUUAAUCCAUCAUAAAUUAUUCAUUAAGUUAUUAAAGUGACAAUACUCUUACUAUUAUUACUACUCCAUCACUUAAUUAAUAACUAAUUGAUAAGUCCUUAAUGGCCAUUUUAUAACUGAUGAUUAAUCAGAGAAAGGAGACGACACUCAUUAAUUUUUUAUUCCAGAUUUUUAUUAUUUAAUCACUUUUUAAUUUUAUGUCACAUUUAAAAUAGUUUUUACUAAACCAACGAGCGUCUAUGAAUUUAUUUAUGAGAUUGGGAGAUACAAUCAAUAUACAGUAUUAUAGUGAAGAAUUGUAGACAAAUCGGGAAAAAUUAAUUACUAAAAGUUGAAUAAUUCAAUCGCAUAUUGUAUUAUAAUAUUGCAUUAUAGUUUGUAACGCUGAGGUUCGUCGGAAUUUAAAAAAUAGGGACCUACAGAAUAGAGUAAAAUGCCUCGACAAAAGAAAUUAUCUCGAGUUUAAUCACAAAUA